AUGAAUGUUAUUGAAAUAAUAUUACCGCAAAAUGUUGGUGUCACUAUCACGGAAAAUGCAAUUCAGAGUAAUUCUCUUAAAAAGAUAAAUUUAUUCAUGAAUCUUCAAAUCAAUAUCCCAUCGUUUUUCGAAAACUGCCCAAAUGUUGAUUAUAUUGAUAUGAUUGAAUAUUUUGACUUCAGUAAUUUUAUCUCUGAGGCUGAAAUGUCUCAAAUUACACAUCUUGGCUGCAUUAAUUCGGUUAAAGGAAUACAACCUUUCAGUAUUUUCCCAAAUCUUCAAGAAAUUCAUUGUAUAAAUUCAGAACUUCAAUUUAAUAAUGAUAUUAAAAUUAAUGAAAACCCGAAAAUAAUCAUCAUAAAUGAUCAAUAUACAAUUGAUAUAAACCAAAUAUAUAAAGAUUGUCCCGAAUUAUCAGACUUUAGUAUUUCAAAAGAUUAUCAAGGAUAUUUUAUUGGAUAUUCAAAACAAUAUUCAGGUUGUUACUUCUUUUUUAACAACAGUAAUAGUCUUAAUUCAAUCAAUUUUGAAGAAAAUUUUAAAUUAAUUUCAGCAUUCGUUUAUCAACUGAAAGAAAACGAAAAUAUUUCAUUUCCAAGAGAUUAUCAAUUUGAAAAUCUUAUAUUCAAAAUAAAAAAUCUAAAUAUAAGUCUUAGUGAUAAUUCAAUUAAACUUAAGGCCAAUAAUUUGAAAUUUGAAAACUUUGGACAUCUUAUAAUCAAGGCCAAUUUACUCCCUGCAAAUGAUUUCAUAAAAAAUCUUGAAUCAGUCAGUUUCAAUGGAGAUGGUGAUCUAACAAUAGAAACAGAUGCAUUCAAAGGAUGUGAAAAUCUGAAUAGCAUCACUAUUUCAGAAAAUGCAAAAGUCACAAUUGAAGAUUAUGCAUUUAGAAACACAGGUAUCAAAGAGUUCAAUGUUCAUCAAGACUUCAAAGUAUCACUUGAAAACCUAGUUCGUACAGGACUUGAAACAAUCCAUGUUCAUAAAGAAGAUGAAAACUUAUAUAUCAGUGAUAAUGAGCAAUUUAAAACAAUAUGCCCAAAAAAUGAAAAGAAGAACAUUAUAGUUUUAUCUAAAUCAAUCAGUUUAUAUUCAAUUAAAGAAAAUUGCUUAACUAAUGUUGAAAAUGUUUCACUUUAUCUGAUCAAAGAUACCUUUGUCGGUUCGGAUUGUUUUAACAAUUCAAACAUCAAAGUAUUUAAUGCAUCGCUAUUAACAAUUCAAAAAAUUGGAGAAAAUGCAUUCAAUAACUGUAAUUCUCUCAAGAUAAUUGAACUUCCAAAUAAUACUGAUUUUGAUAUUUCAAACAUCAUUUCUAACUGCAAAUCUCUUGAAACAUUGAAAUCACUUCCAAACUAUGUCACAUCUCCUGAUGAUAUCAGUGAUAAAAACAUAACAAUUUCAUCAAUUCACUUCAAGAUAUCAGACAUCAAAAAGAGUCAAUUAUACUCAGAACUCGAAAGUAUUAAAAUAUUAUUUAGUGGUGAAGAUAAAAUAUCACGCGAUUCAUUCACAAAUAUGAAUCAACUGAAAGCACUAGAUUUAUCACAUACAAAUAUCACAUCCAUUGAAGGUAAUGCAUUUUCAAACAUAAAUUCAGGAAUUGAUAUCAUCUUCCCACAAACUCUAAAAUUCUUUUCGAAGAAUUCAUUCGUCAAUGUUAAAUUCAAUGAAUUCAAAGUUCUCAAACAAUAUGAACUACCAACAAUGUCAUUCAACAAAUGUCAGUUUGAUUCAAUCAUCAUUGACACUGAUGUUGCCGAAUUCAGUGUUGGUCCAUUCUACAAAUGUGGUAAAACACUUAACAUCAAUCACACUCUUAAUGAACGCUUUUCUCUUAAUGACCAUAAUUAUUUGAUUUACAAGAACACAAGUGAUAUUAAAACAUCAACUAAUGAACUUAUCUUUGUUCCAGAACCAUCAACACAUAUCGUAAACAUUUCAGAGAAACAUGUUGAACCAUAUGCACUAUCAUAUUGUCCAGGAUGUGUUAUUCUCACUGAUCAAGAUAAAUUAGAAUCACUUAUUCAUAUGUGCAAGGAUGAUAUCGACUCCAUUGAUGUUGUCUUAUCAUCCGAAGCUAAAACAUAUGAUUCAAAAUAUUAUUCAUGCAACGCAUACAACUGUAAAUUGAACUGUCGUGGCUAUCUCAUUCCAACUCGAACACCAUUCCCAACACCAGUUCAAACACCAGAAACAAUUUCAGAAGACAAUAAAAACAAAGGCAAAGGACAUGACAAGGAUGGUGUAUCAAAACAAACACCAAUUCUCUCUGUUAAUGAUGACGGCAAAACAGUUCAAUUAACUGUCACAAUUUCUAAUGUCAUCACACAAACAGAAUCAGAUAUCGAAACAAAUCAAAUCACCAUUACGAAUACUAAUAGUUCAUUGACAACAACUUACACUCGUACAUUUAUCAGAACUUGGACAGACAUAGAAACUCUUACAUACACCAAUGCAUGGAUGGAAUAUAACGAACCAGAAACGCGCCGAGGUCUUUCUACAGGCAAAGUCAUUCUACUAGUAUCAGGAGGUAUUUUCAUUACAUUUCUUAUUUGUAUGAUGGGUCUUUAUCUAUAUCGUCGAACUAAAGAUGAUUCUGAGAGGAUUGAUACGUCAUCAUCUUCAACAUUUAUUGAGAUUGAAGAUGACAUCGGAUAUGUUAUUGAUCCUAACUUUGUCAACGAUCGCCAAGAAUCAACAACUAACCUGAACUGUGAAGACAACACUGAUGAGAAUCCAAUGUUUCUUAUUAUAUCACAAGAUAUUAUUGGCGAAAACAGCGACAAUAUGCUCGAUUCAGAUAAAUUCGAUGUUAAUGAUUUCGUCGAUAUCGAGAUAUAA